AUGGUUCACUCUAAAGUCGUUAUCAUCGGCUCCGGCCCUGGUGCUCACACCGCCGCCGUCUACCUGUCUCGUGCUGAGCUACAGCCCGUUCUCUACGAGGGUAUGCUCGCCAACGGCACCGCCGCUGGUGGCCAGCUCACCACCACCACCGACGUCGAGAACUUCCCUGGUUUCCCCGCCGGUAUCGGUGGCCAGGAACUGAUGGAGAACAUGCGCAAGCAGUCUGAGCGAUUCGGCACCGAGAUCAUCACCGAGACCAUUUCCAAGCUGGAUCUCUCUUCAAAGCCCUUCAAGAUGUGGACUGAGUGGAACGACGCCCCCGGCAGCGAGCCUGCCCGCACCGCCGACGCUGUCAUCAUUGCCACUGGUGCCAACGCUCGCCGUCUGGACCUGCCCGGCGAGGAGAAGUUCUGGCAGAACGGUAUCUCUGCCUGCGCUGUCUGCGAUGGUGCCGUCCCUAUCUUCCGUAACAAGCCUCUCUACGUUAUCGGUGGUGGUGACUCUGCCGCUGAGGAGGCUAUGUUCCUGGCUAAGUACGGUAGCUCCGUCACUGUGCUUGUUCGCAAGGACAAGCUUCGUGCUAGUAACAUUAUGGCUGAGCGUCUGCUCGCUCACCCUAAGUGUAUUGUGCGCUUCAACACUGUCGCCACUGAGGUUAUUGGUGACAGCAAGCCUAACGGUCUGAUGUCUCACCUCCGUGUCAAGAGCACCGUCGACGGCAAGGAGGAGAUUGUUGAGGCUAACGGUCUGUUCUACGCUGUUGGUCACGACCCUGCUAGCGCUCUGGUCAAGGGCCAGAUCGAAACUGAUGAUGAGGGUUACAUCGUCACUAAGCCUGGUACCAGCUACACCAGCCUGGAGGGUGUCUUUGCUUGUGGUGAUGUCCAGGACAAGCGUUACCGCCAGGCUAUCACCAGUGCCGGAUCUGGCUGUAUCGCUGCCCUUGACACUGAGAAGUACCUCUCGGAACUUCACGAAGUUCCCGAGCCCGCUAAGGAGAAGAUCUAA